AAAUAGAUUUUAAAUUUUAUAAACAUAUUCUAUAUAAUCUGAUAAUCCGUGACAAAACUCAUAUCGGACGGGUGCAUUUUUCAGUUUCCCUCAUUCCGAAUGGGCAAAUUUGAAAAGAGAAAGACAAUCGUCAUCCCUCGCAUACGGUUCAGUGUUUUUUUUCAAUUGUGGCCAGCUAAUUAUUAAUUAACCGUACAUCAUGAGUGACUAUUCGGACGAUGACGACUACGUCAACCCUCACCACUUUCCAAAUAGUCAGAAACCACCCGUGCCAUCAUCUUCUUCGAAACGGAAGGCAACCACCCCCACUACCAACAAAGCAAAGGUGCCCAAGAAGAAGAAGGAUGACGACGAUGAAUGAGAGGAUGACGAUGAAGAAGAGGAGGAAAUAUCGACGAGUUUUAAAUUUCUCAAAUUUAAUUCGGAUGACGAUGGUGGGGACGAACCGGAGACGAAGCAAGAGUGGCGAAUGGUGCAAGGUGGUUCGAAGUAUACGAGGGAGCCACCCACCAGUCCCCCCGAACGUCUUUAUGUGAAUCGGAAGAUUGAUGUCCGAGAGAAAAAAAUGGAACUGUGUGGUGGAAAAUGACGAAAGCCCUGAACACGAGUAAGAGGAUGUCAAAUACAUCUGAGGAUGAGAGUGAUAAUAAACUGCGACAGUUUUACUGCACAUUGGCACGAGAGGUCGAAGAAGACCAAGAAAUGGGAUCGCAACAAUCCACAACUUCUAAUCUCACCCCUCUGACCCCUGAAAUAAUUAAGGGAAUAUAUUCCCCCCUCACUGCUGAAGAGAGAUUGAUUGCAGAGACCAAGGUACGGCAAGCUGGAGAAGCAGGACUUAUGGUUCCGGGGACAACUUCAAGGGUAGCUUUCUCACAACCAAAUGCAAACCGAUCGUAUGGGUUAUUCGUUCUUGUACCCACAAAUUCAAAGUACAAUUUUAUUUGUUCUGGGGUUCCGAAUUGUGUAAGAACAAGGUCCACUCAUGUGCAACCGGCCCCGAAGUGUCACAUUCACAAAGGUCCGACAAUUGGUUUUGUGCUGGCUCAAUUCACGGAUGGAGCCAAUAAGAAGAACAACGUCAUCCUCCAUGUCAUUGUCUCGUUUACAUAUGUUGAUGGGGAUGUUAAAGAUAAAGAAUUUAACGCAACGCAGACAAUCAUGGAUCAUCAUGUAAACAAAUCACAUCUGCCGUGGAAAUUAUACUCCAAAGAGUGUGAAGCCGCCGGCAGACCAACUCCAAAAUUACUAGAGCUCGAGGGUCGUCGCCGUUACUUUGAGGAUGAAGAUGAACUCAUGAAAGUUUACGCAGCACGACAGACCACGACCCUCUUACAAAUGCUCUUGUAUCCCGAUACUACCAUCAAAAUAAUCUGCCUAAAUGUGGGAAUUAACUUUCCGAAUGGUGCUUACAAGUAUUUGGUGGAGGAAAUGGAUCUGUACGGCUUGGAAUUAAAGAUCCAUGACAAACUUUCCGAAGCUGCAGCAGCAGCAAUUAAUCUGAAGGAGGAUGAACAAAUUCCAUUUCUCUUACAAGCAAACACGGGUGAGAGGAUUGGGGCGCUGUUAUCAAGAGGAAAAACGGAAACGACAGUGAAGGUUGCUGCGCUAUACUUUGUCUCAAAUCCCUACAUAAUUUAUGCCGGACAAGCUCUCAGUCAAGCAGUUCAUGGCAGUAGUGCCAACCCUACUGACCCUGUAAUCGAAUACAAAAAUAAGAAGCCCUCCACCCACCCUGAUUACAAGAUUGUACCAAUUGGAGUUGUUCGUAAAGAGGAGCGGUACAAGUGGGAGUUCCACCUCCACAUGUGUGCCCUUAUAGCAUCUCUUUUACACAUGCCAAAUUGCAUAAAUCCCAAAGAAUUCACUGCACAGUCUCAUCCUCUUUGUAUAAAUAGGCAAACCAAUUCGAGUUUUGUAAAUGAAAAGUCAUGGGGCAUUAUACAUGGGUAUCUGAUGAAAAAAUUUUUAGUUGAUGUGUAUCUAGGACCCAAGACGUCCGGCCAGCAAUAAUGUAAUAAUAAAAAGAUGUAUGGUUUACUUACCUUCGAAUGUGAUGGGAAUUAGUGUUGCUACGAAAGGUCUGUUUUUUUUUUUUUUUUGGAAACAAGAAGAAUACAAAGUUCAGCAAGAUUUCGUUUAGUUCUUUUAUACAUUUUUGACUUUAUGAUAAUAAAAAUAAGAUGUGCAUAAGUGA